AUGUUUUCUCUGUAUUCUGACAGAAACCUUGGGAAGUCUGGCCUGAGGGUGUCCUGCCUUGGUCUAGGUGAGUGUGAGCCAGGGGGGGUGCUGAGGGGCUAGGAAACAAACUGUGUUAGAGGUGACCCAGACUGCUGUUGUUUUCACCAGAAAUACACAAAGGGAAUUUAUUUCACACCAAAUUAUUUUUCUAGCAGAUAUCUAGGAGAGUGAAGAUAUGUCAGAAAUGCCAGCUGAGACCUCAAUCUGUUGACUAACACUGUUAUGGCAAACUGUGCCAAAGCCUCAUCUCUUAUAACUGUAAUUAAAAAGCUACAGUAAUCAACGUGUGGCAUCACUGCCUCUUCAACACUGCUCUCUCUAUGUAUCUCUAGUCUGAUAGACUACUAACACGGUCUCCCUGUCAUCUCUCUGUAGGAACAUGGGUGACGUUCGGAGGGCAGAUAACAGAUGAGGUGAGAGCAGAUGAGUUUUUCUGUUAUUCUAUCAGUCAGUCAACACUCUCCAGUUUCACAACUAUCUACAUGCUUCUACAGCCCACUGCUGCUCAGGAAGACUUGUAACAGACUGUAACACUGCUUACACUGCAAACAUAUUGACACAUAGAGAGCCAGAGAACCAACACACGUGCCAUAGCACUGAAGCGUGCGGUUACAACCUCAUACAUGCAGCCCGGAUUUUAAUAGUUGAAAACACUUAAGCACCGAUCAGUGAUCUCUUGACCCCCCCCCUCUUUCUUCUCCCUCGCGCCACUCUCGGCCAACAGAUGGCGGAGCAGCUGUUGUGUCUGGCCUACGAGAACGGCAUAAAUCUGUUUGACACAGCAGAGGUCUACGCCGCAGGGAAGUGAGUAUCAUCCAGACUGUCCACAUAACAUCCUCAUGCAGACAUCACUUAGAUAUCAAUGACCGCUGAAUCACAGGAUCAUACCACACACAGCCACAUAGCCAAGCAAAGCAUAGGCUAACACAUGUACUGUAAUGUGUUUGAACGAGCGCUGACCUAACAGGUGGCAAUGAAUGUAUGAGUGUGUUUAUUAAUGAGGUAGGGGACUCAUCUAAAGGAUGUGGUGUAGACUCACAUCUAGUAUCAAUGAGGCUGGUGCUGGUCUCCAGUCUCUCCAGUGUUAGCCUACAGCAUGUUGAGGGAGUCUCCCAGAUCAUCACACAUCUUUAGAGAUCUCAUUAAAUUUGAUUAAACCUCUGGUUCGGUGUAUCUGAGGCUCAGAUGAAACGCACACUGAUGCACUUACCGUGAGUUUGUGCGCCUCUGCGGCCUCCCGCGUAGGUAGUUGGCAGGCAUGUUUGCAAAUACAAGGCCUUACAAUUUAAUCCACACGUGCCUUGGACAAGGCGACCAGGUCAAGCCUGCAAAACUGUUUACAUAAACAUGAGUGAUUACUUGCUCUGUAGCCUUGAGCUCCAGACCUGAGGGGAGAAACACCUCAUUUAUAACACUCAUCAUACUGAGCUCUAGUGGUAUUUUUGAUGAGAGGUCAAGGGUCGAUUAUUCAUGAUUGCUUUAAUACCAGUUGAACCCAAACAGUGAUAUUUUGCCAACUCUAACCUUGGUAGGGCUUUAUAACAUCUCCUCAGAUAGCUGUAUACACUGUCCUGGAUUAAUGGAUCUUUGUUGUGAGUAAGGAUGAACUGAAAUAAUCUGAGGGAUUAUCCUUUCCAACAGUACCUCAGAUUAACAGCCUCUAACUCUUCUCUAAAUCCUCCCCAAGGAAAAUACUGGGCUCUCAUUGUGGCAUCAGGCACAUUUCCCAAGGUGUUAAUAUUAUGUAAAAGACUGAAGAAAGAAAAUAAAAGACAAACAACAGCCACCACAUAAAUUGUUGAUGGCUUUAUCAUUUUGAAUUAGUGCUGAGUGAUGAAGCGAAAUGUCAGUUAUUUUUCGUUUUUUAAACAACUAAUUGACCAACGACUGUUCAAUUAUUUUAAUUCCAUUGUUUGUUUGUUUUUUGAGCUCAAUGCGCACAUUGUGCUGCAGCUUCUCUAGAGAUAAAUCAGAUCACGCCCAAACUGUGCGAUGUAGUAGGGAGUUGUAGUUUCCAACAGGCCAAUGUUCUACAUAGUUUAGCGCAGAAAAUGUGAUGAUUAACUACAAUGACCAUAAUCUAUUGCGUGCCUACGUGUCCGUUCGGUGUUUCUUUUACUCCUGCUACGUAAGAGACAGAAGAAUGCACGAUCAAUAGGGAUACAUAGAGAGCAGUUGCUUCGCAAGGUAUUUUUACCAGAAAACACAUAUUCUAAGUGAUUGAUAGUUGGUAUUCAGCAUUCAUAAUUGUAUGCCUUAUUUACUUUGAAGAACUACUAAAAUAGUGAUUUUGUCAGACAGCAUAGGCUGCAGCUCUAUAGAGAUGCGUUGAUGACUUGGAAUGAAGUAAUAGUCAUCAAAUAAAACAAAUGUAAUAUACACAACAACUAAAAUAUUUUAUUAAAGUAAAGUAAUGUGAAUAAAUGAUGGUUAAUAAGUGAUAAGCAGUAACGGGCAGUCACUACCAUCAUGGGACUUUUAUUAAUUGUUUUAUUCUGUGUUACAGCAUUCAACCCACAUAAUGCAUAGUGUAUUUCAUGUUUUAAAACAUUUAUCAAAACCGAAAUUGAAAAUCGUGAAUAUUUUUUCAUAAUCUAACCGAAAAAGACCCGAUCUCAAAAAGCACUAAUCACUCAGCACUAUUUUGAAUAUUUACUUACAUGUGGCUUCUGUAGCUGAGCUGUGGAAAGGAUACAUAUCAAACUGCAACAUAAGGAAAUGGUGGCAGACUUGUAGGACAAGGGAAAUAAAGUUGACCUUUACCAUCAUCAUUCCACACAAUGGUGACAUUAGAACUGGCAGAUCAACAGAGUGACAGAUCUGUGUGGCAUGCAAAUGGACCUGACAGUCUGUCAGAACCCAGCAUGUCAGCUCUUCAGUCAAACUCAGUAAAGUGGACUGAAUCUGGAUAUGGGGAUAAUUAUGUGUUGCUGGCCUCACUGUUGAUAUUGCCACAAAGUCAACAUUUUGGGUUGGUAGAGUGGUUAGAGAGUGGGAGAGAGGCUCCCAAUUGCAGCCCCGCUGCAGCUAAAUGCCUGGUUCUGUGGGUUAGUACAUAUGUGUGUUUGCACUGUGUAUUUUUCCCUGCCACUAUGACCGAGUCACUGAAACAUAUUGACAGGGACACACUAUACAGUACAUCGAUUGACAGCUAGCUUAUGGACCAACGCACGCUUACUAACAUACUAUAGUGUAAGUGUAGACCCAUUAGCACAAACUCUAUGGCUUUAACAACCCACCCCUUCACACCAAUUUUCCCUCUACUUUUUUUGGGCACUGAGCUAAUUUCAGAUCUGCUAAAUUCUGUGCAACUUCCAGCGCGUUUACUGUGAACACUGAGGCUGUACCCGCUUUAAGUUAGUUUUAACAGUGGCCAUGUAGGCUACUGUGACUAUUUGAUCAUAAUGUAGGCCUACCAGAGUGGCCUACCAUCAAAAACAAUGGAGAAAAUUCAUAACAUUAACAUGGAAAUAGCUGUUCUAUCAUUCAUCCUACAGUAGCAGCCAAUGUGUGGUGUUCAAUGGAGGCCUACAUUCCAUGAGACUUUUGAGAAAAAAAACAGGUGACUGGAAAUGUUGUUGUGUUGUUUGAUGCAAGAAACCACUUUACAAAAUAAAAUACAUUAUUAUUCCCAUACCAUUAUUACAGAGAAUAAUGCUGCCUAUUGGCUACUUAGCUCAUUCAAGCCUGUCUCAAAAUACAACACAGCCCCUUUACCCGACUCGCUUUUCAAAGAUGUCAAGAAAUGUAUACGUUUUGUGCACUUGUAGGAAGCAAUCACUCCCCUAUUGCUGACUACAAAUGAUCUAUAACUGGGCUAAUAACUCACUAACUAGCAAAGGAUAUGAACAAAAUGUGCACACAUGGCUACAUGCAGCUCUCGCUUUGAUCUCAAAACAAGCGCGUCUACUCACGACCGCUCAUGCUGUAAACACAGUCCAGUUCAAAGUAAAUGGCACAGAUCCAUAUAUGGCAAUGGUCUAUUUCCAUAUAGGCCUACUGCAGCUCUGAUUGUUUAUGCUGCGCGAGCUGAGUAGUGUACGAGCUGAGUAAUGCAUGUCAAUGCAAUAGAAUCCUACUCCGAUGCGUUCUGCCUACAACAAAAUCUCUUGCAUAGUUCGUUUUGUUUCGGUAUGUUGCAUUGAAAGUGGCUAAUAUUGCGUUGAUUCGAUCACAAUUGCCACAGUAAAGGGAAACAUUGAUAGUGUUAACAGGGAAGACUCUAGAACAAUGGUCACCAACCUUUUCUGAGUCAAGAUCACUGAGUCAAAAUGCAAGCCGAGAUCUACUGCUCAGAUUUUUUUUAACAUGACAUAAAAAACAGAAGUCUAUGCAACAUUAACCAAUUAAAAACAGUACUGUAGCAAUGAAGUUUGUGCAGUAAGCUAUAGGCCUAAUACAUUAUCACCGCAUAUUGGCUUUGUUUGAAUUGCCCUGCCAAUGCAUUGUUGUUCAGGCCAUUCAACAUUUGAGGUAGGCUGUAUGAUCACACUGGUAAUAGAUCAGUUGUUGUAUUACUUGUGACGCAUAGCUGAGUAAGCAUACAUUUAAAUAAUUAGGUUUUUAUUUUUAUUUUACUGGGCUGAUUGUGCCUGCAUGUGAUGGUCAGUCUCAGCGAAGGGAGAGAGCAGCAGACUGAGGGUCUGCCUCUCGACAUCCCUCUGCUCUCCCUUUCCUCCACUUACACUGACCAAAAAGGGACACCGUUUUCCAGAUGAUGGCGAAACUCGAGUCGCACCGCAUUAUUUCUGCCUCAUGCACAAAUUCAUGUUACUCCUAUGAACAGAGAAAGUUAUAUAUUCCUCAAUAUUAAAAAAGACCCAAGCCGCUAAUAAUAACAACAACGCAAGCCUAUCUAUACACUUUCCUACUCAUUAAUUACUGCUGCAGUGCUUGUUGUAGCUCUGAGUAGAAAUAGGAAGAACACACAUUUUAUGGCUUAUAAAAGUGUUGAAUACAAAGUGUUGACAGUGCUGAUUUAAGAAUUUAAACAUCUCGUUGCUGUAUUCGUUGACAGUCUUUCUCUAGUCUGAAAUCUCACAGGAUCAUCUUUGCUGUAGCUUUCUUUUAUGCCUGCUAUGUUACUGCAGACACGGUCAUCUGAGCCAUCUGAUUGGCCAGCGGUAGGCCUAUAGUACACAUUAAAUUGUUCAAAAUGGCAACAGCUGAAUCGGGUGCACCUACCGCCAACAGCCAGAGACUAAUAAAAAAAUAGGAACACAAGGCUUUAUCGUUGGGUUUUUUACAGAAAUGUUUGGAGAUCGACUAGGAAUGCCUUGGAGAUCGACCAGUCAAUCGUGAUCGAGCGGUUGGUGACCACUGCUCUAGAAAGUUGAGUGAAGUUCAAUCUCGUUCUUCUCUCUGUGGGCUGAUAUUUCUGGACGGCAGUCCCGGGGAGCAGUGUGGCAGUCUCGGUGCUACUGAGCACACGCGCAGCUUAGAGGGAACAUUGCUUCACACACACCAUUAACAAACAAAAACAUGAACAAUAUGGUGCAGCCCAUGCACUGAAUCUUGUCUGUAUUCUUCAUACUGUCAACAUAUAAUACACACCCACACACACUUAUCAAUAUCAACCCACUCCCCCCCUCUUUAUAUUGCUGGCUAAUUGCAUCAAUGGCCACUCUCUGUGGCUCUGAUGCAUAUAAUUGUCUAAAGUCAAUGUAAAAUGCAGGUUAUGGAAAUGACGCAGUGGAAAACAAUUUGAGAAGGAAAUAAGAAUGUGUAAUCUAUAAAGAGAACGUUACUUAGACACCACCACCACCAUUGCAACACUAGUAGUCAGGGGCUGAACCUAGGAUCUACAGAUUAAGUUUAAAACCUACUCUACCUCUACCAUCUGCUCUCUCUCUUAAAACACUAAUUUCAAAGGAGCCGAGUACAGCAUAGUAUGUCACUGCCACAAACGCACACAAACUAAUACAAUCAGAACCUCUCUCCUCUCUUCAUGAAGAAGACAUGGGCCUACAAGGGGGAAGAGAUGCAAACAUCUGGCAUUAGCCUUCCAGAAAUGGCCCUCCCUCUCCCCCUGCGCAUACAGGCAGAGAGAGAUCUGAUGGGGAGGGGGAGAGAGGGAUAAGGGAAAGAGAAGCAGAGAGAGGGGAAGAGGGGGUACAGAGACAGAGUGGAAGAGGGGGUACAGAGGGAAGAGGGGGUACAGAGGGAAAGAGGGGGUACAGAGAGGGAAAGAGGGGGUACAGAGAGGGGAAGAGGGGGUACAGAGAGGGGAAGAGGGGAGUAGAGGGGGUACAGAGACAGAGGGGAGUAGAGGGGGUACAGAGACAGAGGGGAGUAGAGGGGGUAAAGAUACAGAGGGGAGAAGAGGGGGUAGGGGGUACAGAGACAGAGGGGAGAAGACGGGGUAGGGGGUACAGAGACUGAGGGGGGAAGAGGGGGGUUCAGAGACUGAGGGGAGAAGAGGGGGUACAGAGACAAGGGGGGAGUAGGGGGGUUACAGAGACUGAGGGGGGAAGAGGGGGGUCAGAGACUGAGGGGAGAAGAGGGGGUACAGAGACAGAGAGGGGUCAGAGACUGAGAGGAGGGGUUACAGAGACAGAGAGGGGGGUACAGAGACAGAAGAGGGGGUUCAGACAGAGAGGGGGUACAGAGACAGAGAGGGGUUACAGAGACAGAGAGGGGUUACAGAGACAGAGAGGGGAAGAUGGGGUUCAGAGACAGAGAGGGAAGAGGGGGUUCAGAGACGGUAGGGGAAGAGGGGGUUCAGAGACAGAGAGGGGGUUCAGAGACUGAGGGGGGGUUCAGAGACUGAGGGGGGAAGAGGGGGUUUCAGAGACUGAGAGAGGGGGAGCACAGCCACUUUGUGCUUGCCAUACACUACACAGAGUUCACAUUACAGGAAAACAUGGCAUUUGUUAGCCUUGCAGACCGGUGCUCCCUUCCUCCCUCCCAAUGACCGGAGUCAUCCCAGCCCUAAUGGAGGCCACGUUGGGCCUAAUUGGCACCCCGACUGCUGCUAAUGACUGACUGACAUGGAGCCUGUUACACACCAGCCAGCACCCUGCCAGGCAGCCCAUUCACACUACCAGCUCACUGAGUUUAACUCCACAUGCUGCAGGAGGGCUUUGUUAUAUGUCUAUAGAGACACUGGAAGGGUUGUUCAGGGUUACCACCACACAUUUGUGAUGUCUUCUUUUUCAAAGGCUUUCUGUUUGUUUUCUUUUGCGUCAUGGUAUGUGUAGUUGUUAGUUGACUAUGCCCAUUAUCUGAUCUCUCUCUCCCUCUCUCAGGGCUGAGGUGGUGCUGGGGAACGUCAUAAAGAAGAAAGGAUGGAGGUAUGUUCGUACGGAGGUUACUUUCAUAACGAGCCAUGUUUCAUUUCCGUCCCGUCACUCUCCCUCUCCUGAUAACUCCUCUAGUGAGCAGUGUGGUGUGCUCCGUUGUGCUCCAGCAGGCAGGCAGAGAGAGAUAAAAGAUGAAUGGAGUCAGGCAGGCAGCAGAGCCAUGGCCGUGCUCCUGCUCUUGUCCCUCAAAGCUACUGAAUAAUGGAAUGAAAGCGUCUCCUUUACCCUCUCUUUUACGUCAUCACCUUGUGUGUGUGUGUGUGUGUGUGCACGCUGUACUGUACUGGUCACUGGUCUAACCCUGGUCCAGGCCAGGUCAAGCCAACUGCCCCAUGGCAGUGUUGUACCUCCUUUGUGUACGUGCAGUAUGUGGGUAGCUAAAGGGUGUGUUAGGCUUAGUCAUCCUGCCAAUCGUAACAUCUAAGGCUCAGGGCACGCAAAUCAUCACCUCCAGAUUCCACCACACUAUUUCCAGCCUUGCCCUCUGCCCUCUCUGUGAUGUCAACCAGAGCACAUUGGAACACCCUCUCUGUGAUUCAUUGUCUAUGUGUGGUAUGGAGGUCUCACAUGUAAUGGGUUUUCUCUCCCUUCUCUUUGUAGGCGUUCCAGUCUGGUGAUCACAACAAAGAUCUUCUGGGGUGGAAAGUAUGUUAUCUCUUCUCUGGUUGUGUGUCUGAAUGAGAAAUAUACUGCUGUUUGUAAUUUGUCUGGGGCUGUGAGUGACUGGCACUGUAAUAGAGUAUAUAUCUAAUGCCAUGCAGAGUUGCUCCCUCCCUCCCUCUCUCUCUCCCAGUGGCCCUCUGGUUAAUGUGAUUAUGUGUAAUCCAUGCUGAUGUUAUAAUGGGCUUUUAGUGAAAUGUACUCUGCUCAAAAAAAUUAAGGGAACACUUAAACAACACAAUGUAACUCCAAGUCAAUCACACUUCUGUGAAAUCAAACUGUCCACUUAGGAAGCAACACUGAUUGACAAUAAAUUUCACAUGCUGUUGUGCAAAUGGAAUAGACAACAGGUGGAAAUCAUAGGCAAUUAGCAAGACACCCCCAAUAAAGGACUGGUUUUGCAGGUGGUGACCACAGACCACUUCUCAGUUCCUAUGCUUCCUGGCUGAUGUUUUGGUCACUUUUGAAUGCUGGCGGUGCUUUCACUCUAGUGGUAGCAUGAGACGGAGUCUACAACCCACACAAGUGGCUCAGGUAGUGCAGCUCAUCCAGGAUGGCACAUCAAUGCGAGCUGUGGCAAGAAGGUUUGCUGUGUCUGUCAGCGUAGUGUCCAGAGCAUGGAGGCGCUACCAGGAGACAGGCCAGUACAUCAGGAGACGUGGAGGAGGCCGUAGGAGGGCAACAACCCAGCAGCAGGACUGCUACCUCCGCCUUUGUGCAAGGAGGAGCAGGAGGAGCACUGCCAGAGCCCUGCAAAAUGACCUCCAGCAGGCCACAAAUGUGCAUGUGUCUGCUCAAACGGUCAGAAACAGACUCCAUGAGGGUGGUAUGAGGGCCCGACGUCCACAGGUGGGGGUUGUGCUUACAGCCCAACACCGUGCAGGACGUUUGGCAUUUGCCAGAGAACACCAAGAUUGGCAAAUUCGCCACUGGCGCCCUGUGCUCUUCACAGAUGAAAGCAGGUUCACACUGAGCACAUGUGACAGACGUGACAGAGUCUGGAGACGCCGUGGAGAACGUUCUGCUGCCUGCAACAUCCUCCAGCAUGACCGGUUUGGCGGUGGGUCAGUCAUGGUGUGGGGUGGCAUUUCUUUGGGGGGCCGCACAGCCCUCCAUGUGCUCGCCAGAGGUAGCCUGACUGCCAUUAGGUACCGAGAUGAGAUCCUCAGACCCCUUGUGAGACCAUAUGCUGGUGCGGUUGGCCCUGGGUUCCUCCUAAUGCAAGACAAUGCUAGACCUCAUGUGGCUGGAGUGUGUCAGCAGUUCCUUCAAGAGGAAGGCAUUGAUGCUAUGGACUGGCCGCCCGUUCCCCAGACCUGAAUCCAAUUGAGCACAUCUGGGACAUCAUGUCUCGCUCCAUCCACCAACGCCACGUUGCACCACAGACUGUCCAGGAGUUGGCGGAUGCUUUAGUCCAGGUCUGGGAGAAGAUCCCUCAGGAGACCAUCCGCCACCUCAUCAGGAGCAUGCCCAGGCGUUGUAGGGAGGUCAUACAGGCACGUGGAGGCCACACACACUACUGAGCCUCAUUUUGACUUGUUUUAAGGACCAUUACAUCAAAGUUGGAUCAGCCUGUAGUGGUGGUUUUCCACUUUAAUUUUGAGGGUGACUCCAAAUCCAGACCUCCAUGGGUUGAUAAAUUUGAUUUCCAUUGAUAAUAAUAAUAAUAAUAUGCCAUUUAGCAACGCUUUUAUCCAAAGCGACUUACAGUCAUGCGUGCAUACAUUUUUGUGUAUGGUGGUCCCGGGGAUCGAACCCACUACCUUGGCGUUACAAGCGCCGUGCUCUACCAGCUGAGCUACAGAGGACCACGGAUAAUUUUUGUGUGAUUUUGUUGUCAGCACCUUCAACUAUGUAAAGAAAAAAUUAUUUCAUAAGAUUAUUUCAUUCAUUUAGAUCUAGGAUGUGUUAUUUUAGUGUUCCCUUUAUUUUUUUGAGCUGUGUAUAUAUUGUGAUGUUACUGAGAUGGACGGAAUGAUAUGAUGGAAAGAAAAUAAAGCCUUGCCGUGGCUCUCUGCUGUAAUUCAACUGAUUCUGGAAUAUGUUUUUGAUCCAUAGAGCAGAGACUGAAAGAGGGUUGUCCCGAAAACACAUUAUAGAAGGUAAGUAAGCUGCAGCCAGCCAGCCAGAUCAAGGACAGGAUGAGAAAUUAAAUGCUGACAGUGCAUCAAACAACAUCCUGAUUAGUCAGUUUGGCUCCAGAGAGAAGAGACUCCAAUUUGAUAAUUGGGCACUCUCCUGGCGGGUUAGGAGUCUUGCUGAGAAUGAUCCUAGUUCCUUCUUUCUCUGUGAAAAAUAACACCUUAUUAGAAUCACAUUUAUUUGAAAAUCCUAGCUGCUAUAUUGAGCACUACCUCGCAAUUAGAGCCCGACCAGUAUAUCAGUUCACCAAUAUUUUCGGCUGGUAUUGGCCUUUUAUCGGUAUCGGCCAAUAAGUCCACCGAUAACUGAUAUUCAAUAAAUGGAGUGGGAGGGGAAAAAAAGGGACUCUCAUGCUUAUCUGAACACUUGCAGCCAUUCUCACAAUGCCAUUAAUGUCACAAUGUAAGAAAUCAACAUUUAAGACAUAUUUCUUGGACAAUUGCUCUUUUGAUUGGCAAUUUCAGAGAAUUCAUUGUGGGAAAAAUUUUUCACAAUUAUUUUCCCGGCGUAAAACAGUAUAUCGGCAGAUGUAUCAGUACGUUUUGUCCCCAAAAAAAUUAGAAUUGGUAUCGGACCCAAAAUAACAUCAGUUGGGCUGUACUCGCAAUAGUACACUCAAUAAGAUAUGGCUGCAACCAUGUCCCUGAACAAUAAUAGUGUGUGUAACUGUGGCUAUGAUGCAUGUCGUUGUAGGUUUAAAGGCCUCACUGGAGAGACUGCAGCUAGAGUAUGUUGAUGUGGUGUUUGCAAACAGACCGGACCCCAACACUCCCAUGGAAGGUAAGGAGGAACAUCUUGGUCCUCCUCUGUCACUGGCUUCUGCUGUCUGCCUCUUCUCUGUUCUCCUGCUGUGUUCUCUCCAUCCCAUAAGCUUCUCUGACAUGUCUAUGUCCACCCUAACUCACUAGGCUAUAUGUUUCUGUGUAGUGCAUGAAACUAUGUCCUCAUUUCACCCCAUCCUUCCCUACUGGCAGCAGUCUAAUGCCCUGGGGAGUGUUAAAUAUGAGUGAAAAACUGCUGGAGCAAAAAAUAAAUAAUAAUAAUUGUAUCAAAUAUGUUUUAUUGUCACAUGCUGUACACCGGAUAGGUGCAGUGAAAUGUGUUGUUUAAAAACCCUAACUGCACGAUCCUAUAUAAAGUUGGAGAGAUGUCUGAAGAAGACCUUUAAAUGACAGAGUACUCUGUGUUCUCCCACUGUCAUACAGUAUUCAUCUGAUCUAGGCUAUGUCCACUGUGAGCCAUGCUACAGUAGGACGGUUAGAACACACUCAGACUGUCCCUGUAACUGUUACUCUGCCCUGACACAGACCAUCUACACUGUUGUUGUACCUAACAUUACUCCUGUCAUUCUAUUUCUGCCUCUCUUGAACCAGGGAUAGCUGGUAUGUAAAAAAAUAUACGCAUGAGCUUUGGAUUUAUCCAUUUCUUUUGUUUUACCCAUCUGCCCUUUUAGGAGUUCAACAGUUCAUAAACUGCAGUAAUUCACAGGGAAAGGUUUGAACCUGCGCCUGAAGAAGUACUUUGGCCAUCUGGUGCACCUCUCUGUCACUAGCCUGAGGACAGAACAGAGAGGGAGAGAGUGGUGAUGCUGCUGUGUUAAUGUUACAGGCUCUCCUAAUCACUAUUUUACUCUCUCUCUCUCUCUCUCUCUCUCUCUCUCUCACUCAUCCUCAUUGUGUUUGCGCUUUCUGUUUUGGUUGCACACCAGCUCAAACAUGGCCAUCAGGCAAACUGUAAAUGACUAGUUCAUGUCUGACUGACUUGCUCUACUUUGGAUCAGAACAGUUCGCUACACAGCAUUUGUCUCUCUGCUCAUUGUAGUGUGUGUGUGUGUGUGUAUUUUCUUAUUUUUGAUUGGCAGAGACGGUGCGGGCGAUGACCCACGUGAUCAACCAGGGCAUGGCCAUGUACUGGGGCACGUCCCGCUGGAGCCCCAUGGAGAUCAUGGUGAGACACACAAACAGCCUCCUCUCCUUCCGGUCAUCGACCCAUUCUCACCACUGGCAAUGACAUGACACAACUAUAACAUCCUCUCACUGACUGUGAUAGACUGUGACAUAUUUUGAUCAUGUCUUUCAUAAUAUUGAUUGCUGGGCAUCACAACCUUGUACUACUAUUCAUAGUUUGAUUGGCCAGUGCCUACUGGCUAACCACUGCUGUUCCCUGUGUGACCUGUAGGAGGCGUACUCUGUGGCACGGCAGUUCAACCAGAUCCCUCCCAUCUGUGAGCAGGCUGAGUACCACAUGUUCCAGAGGGAGAAGGUAGAGGUGCAGCUACCAGAGCUCUUCCAUAAGAUAGGUGAGUGGAGCUGGUCUGGACAGACUGAUAGAACACAACAGUAUUUUCUACACAGAGAUAGCUAUUAAAGUUAGACUCAGCAAUAUGACGUAGAUGGACAAAGUAAACAGCAUAGCGGGUCAAUUUCUGCAACAACUAAGAGCCUUGAAACGCGAGGCUAACAUGAAGCAAACUCGUGCACAUGCGCAGAUACUGUGUGUGACUUUGUCUUGCAUCUUGCUCAUUGCAAUAUCUGCGGUGCUGCUCGUGGCAACGUCAUUUCGCUGAGUCUACCUUUUUAAAAUUAUUACACUGAACAAAAAUAUAAACGCAACAUGUAAAGUGUUGGUCCCAUGUUUCAUGAGCUGAAUGCAGGAAUGUCCACCAGAGCUGUUGCAAGAGAAUUGAAUGUUCAUUUCUCUACCAUAAGCUGCCUACAACGUUGUUUUAGAGAAUUUGGCAAUACGUUCCAGAUCCGGCUUCUUCACGUAAUAAAGCCCUUUUGUGGGGAAAAAUAUAAUUCAGAUUGUCAGGGCCUGGCUCCCCAGUGGGUGGGCCUGGCUGCCAAGUGGGUGGGCCUAUGCCAUCUCAGGCCUACCCAUGGCUGCACCCCUGCCCAGUCAUGUGAAAUCCAUAGAUUAGGGCCUAAUUUAUUUAUUUCAAUUGACUGAUUUCCUUAUAUGAACUGUAACUCAAUAAAAUCUUUGAAAUUGUUUCAUGUUGCAUUUAUAUUUCUGUUCAGUAUAGUAUCAUUAUUAUAACUCUAAUAUGUAAUUCUAUGAUUGGUAGAGGCAGCAUACUUAUAUCUACGCAAAGGUUUCUGUGUCCAUUUUGUGCUUUUCUGGGUAAAUACCGGAUGCUGUCCUCUCCUUUUUUUGGACGGCUUAGUAUAGACGGAACAGCAUAUUUGGACUGAGUGGUGGUGAUGGUGACAGCGCUGACCCAAUGUUUCCCAUGUUUUCAGGUGUGGGGGCGAUGACAUGGUCACCACUGGCCUGUGGGAUCAUCUCAGGGAAAUAUGACAGCGGGGUCCCACCUUACUCCCGCGCCUCUCUUAAGGUAGCAUUACCCCCCCCUCUCCUGCCCCCCUAUUCACCUCUCUGGUUUCUCCUUUGGUCUCUGCUCAUAUGUCAUGUCAGCCCCUCUUCUCCCCCAGCCCUCUUCUUAUCCUGGCUGGUUCCUGUCUUAACAGCUGUUUUCUGUAUCUUUCAGGUUCUAGAACUUGGUGUCUCCUAGAUGUGUUUGUUUUUGAAUGCCCUGUGACGGCAUACUCUGUGUACCAACUCUGUGUACCAACUCUGUAGCAACUCUACCACCAGCAGUUAUUUGGUGGUGUCAACACAAGCAUCUUAUCUCACAUUUCACACACAGAGAGGCACGUGCAUGCACACUCACCCGCACACACACAGAUCAAAUGACAGCAAUAUACAUAUACUGCAUCACAAAUACAGAAAAUAGGGCUUACUCUGUCCCUGUGUUGUUGCAGAGGCAUGCAGGGUUGCUGUGGUCUUUUUACCCUGUGCAGUUAAGGAAACCAUUUCACCAUCUCACUACGUACAGUAGCUAAUGUUCUCCUGAGUAGAGUAUUGCAAACGGGUCGUUCAUUCAUAUUUUCUGCUGUUGGCACCUGAUCAACAACAGUGUGGGUGGCUGAUCCAAUCACUGAUGGGUUGCUUGUUCCUGAUCUGUCACUGUUUCAAUCAUUGGAUUACACAGGCUAUUACACAGGAAAUGUAAUCCCAUUGUCAAGGUUGCUUUUUAGCCAGUUGAAAUAUGCUUAAUGUACAUUCAUAUAUUUGCAAAAUAACAAUUGUCUUAGUGUUUAGAAGGAAUUAUACACAAUCUUAACAAUAAUUUUACAUUUAUUUAGAUCCUAAAACAAACGUGUGUGAUUGUACUGUAUGUGUGUGAAAUGUGAGAGAUGAGCCAGAGUUGACCAGGUAGAGAUGAGAGAGAGAGAGAGUCCUCCUCCUCUCUGCCUGCUGGGGCUGUACAGUAGAAGAGGACAGAGUACAGUAGAGUCAAUGUCGACAACCAGAGCCUGGUCUAGAAAACAGAGUCACGUGUUUAAAAGCAGGCCCUGGCCGACACAGGUGGUGCAGUGCCUCAAUGUUGGACAGGGCUGUGUUUUUUAGCAAGUGUGCUGUUUCAACAGGGCUACCAGUGGUUGAAGGACAAGAUCUUGAGCGAGGAGGGCCGGCGUCAGCAGGCAAAGUUGAAAGAGCUGCAGGCAAUCGCGGAGCGGCUGGGCUGCACUCUGCCCCAGCUCGCCAUCGGUACGCCGACACACACUGCCGCUCUCUCUCUUUCUGUCUGUCUGUCCGUUCCUCGUCCCUCUGCCUCUUGAAGCCAAUCAGGCGGCUAACCAGAUGGUCAUCAGCUGUUGGUUUGUGUGUGAGAAUGUUUGUCUGUAUUGUGUUGUAUGUCUGUUUGUGGCAAACUAGUUCUUAGAUGAGACACUAGAGUAGCCAGGAUGCUUUUCCUAAACCAAAGUCAGCUCAACAACUGGCUACUGAUUCUGUUUGUGAGUUUACUGUCGCGUGCGCUGGUGUGUCUGUAUACGACGAGCAAGUGUCCUUAUUCCCCACGUCAGCAGUAACAUGGAAUCUCAGACAUAAAUCUGAGCCGACUGGGGCGAGAGGGAAUGAGCCUGUUGACAGAUUCCCAGCUCUGUGGAGGGCUAUUAAAGCAUCACAGAUGAGAGAAACUGAGUAAAUCUGGGCCUACACAUCACUUCGCGUUGCAUAUCACAGCGCAUGUAAUGUAGUGUCAUAGGUUAGGUUUCACGGCUCAUUAACAGACAGCUUGUAGCUCCCAAUCACUAUAAAUCCCUGUGGCACUGCCACAAACAGCCUGGACAGAGUUAUGUUCCGGGACCACCAUUCUAUGUCACCCGAGAGUCGCUACAUUGGAAAGAAUACCUCCUGGCUUGACCCGUUAGUUACCUAAAGCCUGUUAUUUUACACAGUUGAUAGCUAGCUUUAGGGCUGUUGUAUGUUAAAGUAGCAGUGUGACGUCAUAGAUGGCAUUGGCCUAAGGUGUGUUCAGUUCGCUUGAACGUUUGCUACAUUGCAGAACGGUUUGUACUAAAUGACACGUUUCCCCAAAACUUUCUGGUAUGUUCUUGAACAGACUUGUGAGUUACAUUUGCUCCCGUUUGGUGGGUGUGGCGUGGUAUGGCUUGAAGCAAUAAGUGAUGUAUUUAAAGGGGGCAGUGGCUAUUCUGACAGUAUUCCCUGACCCACAACCCAACCCCUCCCCGUUUUUCAACUGGUCAUUCAGUACAGAAUAGUUUCCGUUCAAUUGAACGUUCCAGAACGUAAAAACGUACUGAAUGCAGCCUUGGCCAGUGAGUGAAUAAUCCGUGAUCUGUUAGACAUAUACAUGUAAUCCACUAUACCCAUCCCAUCCUGACCUGAGGAAACCUUGGUUGUUAAGUUAAAUCCUGGGAAAGCCUGAGUGUUGGUGGGUCAGACCUGUUCCUGGAAGUGGACUCUGUCUCAUCAUCACCAGUGUGUCUGGAGGUUCUAAUCCCACACUGACAGUGUUUGAACACACUGGCACAAAGUCUCAGUACAGUAGUACACUAAUCAUUUUAUACAGUAUCACAUCUCCCACAUCUAGAUUAGUAAAGACAGGUGGGGUUGUGUUUUGGGUGUGUAUGGUUAGGAAGGAUAGGGUAUGUUUAUUGUUUGUGUGAUUGUAUCUAGGUGCAUGUCUAGUAGUUAUAUUUUGUGGAGAGACAUGAUUAGGUGUUUGUGACACGUACGUGGCAGUGUUAUACAGUACAUGUUUCUAGCAUGUUUAUGUUAGGAGGUCUAUAUUUGUUUAGUAUGUUUGAGGCAGUGGUGGGGAGGGAAAGGGUUAUUUGGGAGAGAAAGACUUGUGUGUACGUGUUGUAAAUGGGGGUGUCAUUGCUGUUUACCCGUCCCUUACAGCGUGGUGCCUACGGAACGAAGGGGUGAGCUCCGUCCUCUUGGGGGCUUCCAACACCGACCAGCUGAUGGAGAAUAUAGGAGCAAUACAGGUGAGACCACACAGUGAGGGUCCAGGUAGGUGUGUCUGAGCAAGAGAAAGUGUGUAGAUUUGCAUAAUGUGUCAAUGGGUAUUGAUAAUCAAUCAACAGUUUUAAUUGCCACCCCCUUUGAGUCCAUAACAAUGAUGUCACAUUCCUAAAAGGUUCUCCCGUAUGUCCCUUUUUAUAAAGCAAAACAGUUCAAAUAUCACAUUUCAAUAGAAGUGGGAUUUGUGAACCAGAAUCUUGUAUUCGUUCUUAUUUAUUAUGUACUAUAUUCAGUGUGGCAUUGUGUUCAAGAGCUGUAACGGCUGUACUGUGUGUGUGUGUGAGUGUGUAUGCAUGUUCAGCAUAUGUGUAGUCUCCUAAGUGCAUUUGAUAUUUAGUUUCCAAAUGUUAUGUCCACAUUACCAGGGGCAACAUACAACAACUAUAUAUACAAAUGGUACAAAGUAUGUCAGUCUUAACAAGUGAACCACUAUGUCUUGCCUUCUCUGUUUCCUUCAAUGCAUCUGUAAUUUCCCCUGCAGGUUCUUCCCAAACUAUCCUCCUCAAUCACGCACGAGGUAGAUAGCAUCCUGGGGAACAAGCCGUACAGUAAAAAGGACUACCGCUCCUAACGCUCCGCCACGACGCCAGCCAGCCAGGACUGCUCCAGGGCUGCAAUGCAGGUCCAUGCCCCACCUUUGCCUGAUCCUCUGUUUGCUUGAGCUUUUACUGAAUGAGACCCCGGCGCAUGAGUCUGGCCCCACCUCGGCCACCCUGGGGAGCAUCAUUUAGAGUUACAGGGAAAAGAAAAGGAUGAAGAAAUAGGGACGUCACCUCCUCAAGGGAAGGAAGGAUAGAUAGAAAACAAUACAGAGCGAGAGGUUAAAUAGAUAUGCUCUCAUAGAUCAUUCAGUUAUACAUACAAUUCAGCCGAAACUGUAUUUUAAAAACCGAAGAAAAUAUAUAAAAUACUUUUUUUUUUAAAGCACACGCUUGCUUGGCAGCCAGAUAUUAUUUUAAUUUUGUGGGGAAAAAAUCUAAAUACUGAACGCAUACCAAUGGAAUUUACGUUUAUACAAAUAUACAACAAAUACUCUGUUGCACAUGUAUAGCAACACAUUUGUUUUUUGGAGUUCUGUUUCCAAUUGCCUGUACAUGUCCAUAACAGUUUCUCUGAAACAUCUGUUUUAUUUUUGUUGUCUACAGAAUCUGUGUACUAGCCUCCUCGCAGGCAGAACAAUCAGCACUUUAGUAUUGUACAGUUCAGUCAGUGAGAGGUUGUUGACCGUGAGAGGAUGAAAUAACUCAACCAUCUCACACAUGGUCAGUCAUUGCACUGUAGAAUCCAAAUCUCCUCUCCUGUUUCAGUUUCCUAUCUGUUCCCCUCAGUCAGUCUGGUCUCCACAGUGCUGGUUCUGCCAGGCUUGAUCCUGGUGCUCUGACUGACCCCUAGUCUGAGUCCCACCUCUGAUCUGCACUAACUGCACCAGCCAGGUGGAGCAGGGUGUAGGACUGCCCCCUACUGAAAGGACUUAGCUCUGCUCUGACCCUCCUCUCCUGCGUCAGGCCUGUCCAUGGAGCAUCUGUCAAUAAGAACCUUGAGCAGGCUAGUGUUUGAUUGCCAUAGAAAGGGUUAAUUACUGGCCAUGUAAAAUGAUGGCUGUAUCUGUAUUUACCUUUGUGUAGCAGUGUUACUUUCUGAAGUUUUACGGUAACUGCAUCAGACGUAAUGGUCUUAUUUGUGCUACUCAGUCAGUUUUACAGACCUCUUUAUUAGUCAUUUUAGAGCAAAUUCCCAUGAAAAUGGCACAUUGCCUAAAUUGUGCUCAAUGUGUGUGUUGCCUUAUUUAGGGUCAUUUUGAACUGUGCUGGGCUGAGACAACAGCCCCAUAGCUGCCAUUGGCCAUCAGGGCACAGACUUGUCUUGAGCCCCGUUUAUGCCUGGCUCUAAUAUGAAUCCUUUGUCCUGAUCUUGUCCACAUUCUAAUUGUGCCCACAUUUU